AGUAAAUAUAGUCAUUAAUCUUUUAACAUGAAUUGCUAAAACUAUUUUUAAACAAAUCAUUAAAAUGACUUAUUAUAUUAAAAAUAACUUACCAUAAAGUUAUUCUUAAAAAUUGAUUUUUGAACCACACGCACCUUAUAAAUUUAUUCUUAUGAUUAGAUUAGUCGUAGACUGUCAACCAAAAGUAUAUAUAUUACUGUAGUACUUAUUAUAUUGGACUUAAGUAAAAGGAAAUUACGCGUAAAGACUAAAGACCACAAAAGAACAAAUCAAACGUUAUUACUGCUUAAAGGCUAAAGCAAAUUAAAAAACAGUUACACAUUUUUAUAGUAAACUUACUUUUAUAUUCUAUUUUCUCUCUUCUAGCAUUUGAUAGGGUAUCCAUUGCAUUGACGCAAACACUUUAAAAUUCACAUGAAAUUCCAUUGCAACUUCCACUCCAACAGCUGCCACAUGAAAACACAGAGCUUUGUCCGCAUUUCUUAUUUCUUGGUUUUAGUUUCUUCAUUUUACGAUUUGUGUCAUACCCCAACACAACCAUAUCUCUCUGUUUCUUCAGCUUCUACGUAUACACACACAAUGGAGUCAACGCAAAACCAAGAUCACACUGCCGUUUCAUACCAGAACGUCGUCGUAAUGAGACACGCUGACCGCCUCGACAACUUCGACCCAUGCUGGGCCUCCACGGCCGCCCGUCCCUGGGACCCACCGCUACUCGAAGCGGGUCGGCUUCGGGCAUUCCAAACGGGUCGGAGUCUCGGACACAGUCUCGGAUACCCCAUUCACAGGGUGUUUGUCUCCCCCUUCCUCCGCUGCGUCCAGACAGCCUCCGAAGUCGUCUCCGCUCUCUCCACCGUUGAUGCCGCGGAAGUCAAGGUGUCUGUUGAAUAUGGAUUGUGUGAAAUGAUGAACAAGGUGGCGUUUCGUAACGAUGUUGCCCCUAAAGAUGGAAAUUGGGGUUUUAAUAUAACACAGCUUGAAGCCAUGUUCCCAACAGGGACAAUGAGUAGUAACGCAGAAAGGGUGGAUAAAGAGCUGCCUCAAUGGGAAGAGUCGUUUGAAGAAACACGGGAUAGAUAUGAGCGCAUAUUUAAGGAGCUUGCAGAUAAAUAUCCUGCUGAGAAUUUGCUGUUUGUUACACAUGGGGAAGGAAUUAAAGUGGCUGUAUCUUCGUUCAGAAAAGAUGCCAAAGUUUAUAAAGUUGGGUACUGUGGAUAUGUACAGCUUGGACGCCCUAUUUUGAAGAAAGAUCAAUCAUUUAUUACUGGAGAAUUUGAUGUACUUACUGAUAGUGAUCAAACUGGUGUAAGCUAUAAUAUUACCAAACCCUCUCACCAAUGACACCAAGUCAAAACCAAUGUAAUUAGCUCUAUUUUCAAUCUGCUCUACCUUCUAACAUUGUAAUUGUAUAAAACUUUUAAAAUAUUACUUUUGAUUUUGUGUCUAA